AUUUUCCCAGUGAGGUGAAGCAGUCAGCUCUGCCCAAUGAAUGCAUUGUGUUGGGUUCAUCGUGAUGCAGAGUGUAGUCACGCCGGGACUUCAGGCCGAGUAGGGGUGUGUGUGUGUAUGCGUGUAUUUGUUCAACAGCAGAAGUGUGACACGAUAUUCUUACUCAACGGAAACUGCAGUUGAAAGUCGGUGACGCCCUACACCGCAACGAGCCAGGAACACAAGGGAGAAGUUUAAUAUCGACGCCGAUUCCGAGCAAAGGGAAUUUACUGCGUUAACCUCUAACAAGUGGCGAGAGGACUACCGGAUUCCGUAUUAACUGGUAUGUUGGAAGAUGGCACUGGGUGGCAUCAAGACUGCCAGCGGAGACUACAUCGACGCAUCGUGGGAGCUGAAGAUCGCGGUCGAGGAACUGGGUCCUGAUGCAGACCCCAUUACCCUGCGAGUCACGGGCGAUAUCCAUGUUGGUGGUGUCAUUCUGCAAUUGGUGGAAAAAAUUGAUAUCAAGAAGAAUUGGUCAGACCAUGCCCUGUGGUGGGAGCAGAAGAACAACUGGGUCCUCAAGACCAACUGGACCCUGGACAAGUGUGGGAUCCAGGCCGACGCCAAGCUCCACUUCACCACCCAAUCCAAGUCCAUCCGGCUGCAGCUCCCCAACAUGAAGACGGUGAGGCUCAAGGCAAGUUUCUCCAGCCCCCUGUUCCGGUCUGUGGUCGGCAUCUGUGAAAUACUCGACAUCCGGCACCCAGAGGAACUGUCCCUCCUCAGGCCAGUGGACGACCCCAACCAGAAGAAGAAGAAGAAAGAUCAGGACAACGAGCAGGAGGAGGUGGUGGACCUGGAGAAAUUCAUAACGCCUCAAGCCUCAAAGAACCAGCGGUACCACCACCCGAACGGAGUUCACUACCUGCGGGAGACGGAGGAGGGAGAGGCCGGCUACAGGAUCCUGGCCGUCAGUCAGCCCAACGUGGCGCCCGAGGUGUUGGCAAAGAUGAACCGGCCAAGCUCUGUCAUCGACAAGGCCCAGGUCCACAGCAGGUGGUUGGAUUCCUCCCGAUCGCUGAUGUCUCAGGGCAUCAAGGAGAAUGACAGGCUUCUGCUGCGUUUCAAGUACUACAGCUUCUAUGACCUGGACACCAAGUACGACGUGGUGAGGAUUAACCAGCUGUACGAGCAGGCAAGGUGGGCCGUCCUUCUGGAGGAGAUAGAGUGCACAGAGGAGGAAAUGAUGAUGUUUGGAGCUCUGCAGUAUCACAUAAACAAACGUUCGCAGUCAGGGGAGAUCGAGGACACCCAGAAGGACUCUGAGCUGGAUGAGGUGGAGGCAGCACUGUCCACGCUGGAAGUGAAAUUGGAGGGAUCGAGCCCAAAGGAUGUCCUGGACAGCAUCACCUCGAUUCCCGAGCUACGAGACAACCUCAAGCUCUUCAGGCCCAAGAAGCUAACACUGAAAGCCUACAAGCAGUACUGGUGUAUAUUUAAAGAGAUGACCAUAUCCUGCUACAAAAAUCAGGAAGCCUUUGGCGAGCCAAUUCACCAGAUGAACCUCAAAGGUUGUGAGGUCGCCCCCGAUGUCAACAUCGCCGCUCAGAAGUUCUGCAUCAAGCUCCUGAUCCCAGCUCCGGAAGGGAUGAACGAGGUUAUUCUGCGCUGUGAGAACGAGGAACAGUACGCCAAGUGGAUGGCAGCCUGUCGGUUAGCGGCCAAGAAUAAAACGAUGGCGGACAGCUCGUACCAGAGUGAGGUUCAGAACAUCCGCUCCUUCCUGACAAUGCAGAAAACCAACUCCAAGCCCCAGGCAGCAGCGGAGGCAGGAGCCGAGGACAUUAAUACCAAGUCACUGGUGUCCCACCGGUAUCAGAAGAAGUACAAGAUCAAACAGUUGUCUCCUCGCAUCCUGGAGGCCUACCAGAACGUUGACCAACUCUCGCUCAUGGAAGCCAAGAUGAAGUUCAUCCAGGCCUGGCAGUCCCUCCCGGAGUUUGGCCUGUCCUACUUCGUCGUCAGGUUCAAGGGCUGUAAGAAGGAGGAGGUGCUGGGCAUCGCGCCCAACCGGCUGAUUCGCAUCGACCUUGGUGUGGGCGACGUGGUGAAGACCUGGAGGUUCAACAACAUGAGGCAGUGGAACGUCAACUGGGACAUUCGGCAGGUUGCGAUCGAGUUUGACGAAAACAUAAACAUCGCCUUCAGCUGUCUGACAGCCGACUGCAAAAUCGUCCAUGAGUAUAUUGGCGGUUACAUCUUCUUGUCUACCCGUGCUAAGGACCAGAGUGAGGUCCUGAACGAAGAACUCUUCCUCAAACUAACUGGGGGACACGAGGCGCUCUGAACUACUCUCACUGGGAGAUACCACUCUGUCACAGAAGCAAAGAGAAGGCAUUGAGCAUUGAAAAAAUGAAAACAAUAGUCUCCUUUCAAUUUUGCUAACUAAAUUAAUCUCACUAAUCCAGCAAACUGCACAGCACGCAGCUUUCAAAGCACAGAGGCUCCCAUGCUUUGGUGUCUCUGUACUUCCAGGGGGUGCUUUGGAUAUUUGUUCGCGGCCACUGGUGGGAGAUCCUAGUCACAUCCGACGUUCUCACUGACUGAACACCAGUCCUAUUUCCCCAUCACUGUCAGGCUGCCCCGUGUCGUCAGGUGUAGUUAGUACUGCCGGCUCCCUCCCUCCCUCCUCCUGUCCUGUCUUCCUCCUUUCCCUUCUUUUCUCAUUCUAUUCUUCUCAGUUACAUAGCUGGUAGAGGUCAGCACACCUUCAGCAUCUUCUCCCCUUCCUCUCUGUCCUCUCCGCACCCCUUCCCCCUCCCUCCCUCUCGUCUUGCUGCCUCCUCUUUCUCUUUUUCUGCCUCUUGCCUCCUACUUCCCACCCCUCUUUUGCCUCUCCCUCUCUGUCUCUCUGUCUGUCUGUCUCUCUCCUUCUCUGUCUCUGUCUGCUCUUCCCCCCUGCCCCCCCAAAAAAAUCAGGCACAAUCCUCCCCACUUCCACCUCUCUCCCUCACUGACAGAGACGGCAAUUUCACAUUUCAGCUGGUCUUUUCUGUCUGAUGCUGGGAGCCAAGCACACACUGCCAGCGACAGACUUGCUUUGUGAAGAGGGGCACCCAGUGUAUGGGCUGGGUAGUCAGACCUUGCAUCAGUCUCCUGCCACGGGCUUUCCUAGGAGAUGUCAGUUGUGCUGUGCUGGGUUCGUGUCCCUGGGUGGACAACUCAUAGAGCCAGCAGCCUCAACCCAAUAACAUUCCCCCAUCAGGAGGCAGCACUGAGACUGUGUGGGGGGGCUGUGAAUCCCAAUUGGUGCAGCAUCUUCCAGUGGAAUAGCUGCGCUGCAGGGCAGCAGGAACGUGAAAGGGAAAAGAGAAAUGUGCAGGAUCUCUGUGUAACUUGGUGAAGAAUUUGAACUCUCUGCCUCUGGCUCACCCACUGGAGGAGAAUUGAACUGAGGGUAUGUCAUGGAUUAGAUUUAAUCUGAGCUCCAUUGGUUUAGAGAGCCCAGUUUAUAAGGAGCUUCCCUUAUCCCUGUGACCACCAGUAAACUUUUAAUGUUAACCUUAACAUACAAUCCCAAGGUGCCAAAUCUGUUCCCACUCACUCCCACUGUCCACGCUCCCAAUGGAUGCAAACCCCUUCCCACUCACUCCCACCGUCCAUGCUCCCAAUGGAUGCAAACCCCUUCCCAUUCACUCCACUGUGCAGUCACAGUGGGUGUUGGGUCAGUGGGGACAAGGUUUACAUUUGCCAGUAGAGAGCCUGAAAGCUGAAGGGUCACACUUUGCCCAACUUUGAAAAGACGAGUGAGUGGAGGAGACAAUCGUGUGUCUGACCUUGUGGAGAAUCUGCAAUUAGCCGUCCUGGACACUGGCUGGUCAUCCAUUGAGGUUCUCACUUUUCAUCCUUGCCCCUGGGAUCAGGAAGCUGACUUCCUGUGGGGAAAGCAAGUUAGCUGUAGUCACAUAUACCAUCUUUGUAUAAAAGAGGAGAGGUUUAAAUAAUGUUAACAAAUAUAACAUACACUGUCUAACAGAAUAUGGAUAAAACAGGAAACUAGACGAUGCUAAAGCACAUGGUUUUUAUAUCACUUUUGAGAAGUCAAAGCAAUUAGUUAUAUUUAAACAAUAAAUGUUUUUUCUUCUGCAUUUUAGGAUCUUGUGUCCGUUAAACGUUAAGAGAAUAUAAGAGUUGGGACAUUAUGUCGCAACUUUACGAAGCACUGAUUAAACUGCACUUGGAGUGCUGUGUGCAGUUCUGGUCACCACACGAUGAGGCGGAUGUGGUUACACUGGAGGGUACAGAGGAAAUUAACCAGGAUGUUGGCUGGAUUGGCGGACUUUAGUUAUGGGGAGAGCCUGGACAGGCUGGGCUAUUUUUCCCUGGAGCGAAGGAGGCUGAGGGGAGACCCGAUGGAAGUGUGUAAGAUUAUGAGAGGCAUUGAUAGGGUAGACAGUCAAAAUCCAUUUCCCACAGUAGGGGGUAUCAAGAACAAGAGAGAACAGGUUUAAGGUGAGAGGAAGAGGUUUUAAAUCUAAGGGGUAAGGUUUAUACGCAGAGAGCAGAUGAUAUCUGGAACGCGCUGCCAGAGGAGGAGGUGGAAUCAGAUACAAUCAGUACAUCGAAGAGGCAUUUAGACAGGCACUUGAAUAGACAAGGCAUAGAAGGGUAUGGACCUAAUGCAGACAAAUGGGGUUAGUGUAGUGGGCAGGAAGGGUUGGCAUGGAUGUGGUGGGCUGAAGGGCCCAUUUCUGUGUUAUAUAACAGAAUAUUCACAGGAGAAGCAUGGUUUAAACUGAGAAUAAAAAUG